UCUUUGAUCCCGGUUCGUCUUUCUGCACUGCGCACCUACCGACACCCCUUCUGAGCAGGCUGCUUCACUGAUUUCCUUCAAUCCUUGCACAUGAAGUGCGGCGCGGGAGUGCUGUAGUAUGUUUCAUACGUUCCAGUCCGCUGCGGGGCAGCGACAAUCUGCUGGCGAGGUUGACCUUGCGGGGAAACCAACGCGUUCGACCGGCUCACGACGAAUAUCGACAAGCAACGCGUGCGUCGAGUGUAGACGGCGCAAGAUUCGCUGUGAUGGAAUGCAGCCAUGUGGGCAGUGCCAGUGGUACCAGCAUCCAGAAGCAUGUAACUACUCGAAACCCGCACAGCGAGUUGUACCUAGUCGCAAACUGGUCGAUAAACUGUCGGGCAACAUUGAGUUGUAUAGGAAUGUCUUGAUAAAGCUAGUAGGACACACCCAACUUGACCAAUUAUCCAACCUAUCUCGGGAAGAACUCCUGCAGAUCGCUCUGGCUUCGCCGGAUGUUAAUCAAAGAACUUCGCCGUCCAUAGCGAAUGCGCGAGCCAUGUCGGAGGUCCACACCGGUUCGGACGGUGCUGACAGCCUUGAAGCGCUCGAGCAAGCACCUCCAGAAGAUCCAUAUUGGGACGAAGCGCGGAAACACCAAAUUCGAGUUCAAGGAAUAUCCGAUGAUGUCAACGGCCUUUCCAUGUCUGUAGACAGGCUGUCGUCGUAUGUUGGAAUCUCAUCGAUUACGGCAGCGCUCAAGGUCAUCGUCCGUUGCGCACCGCAAGCACGACCGCUGCUCACACAUAGUAACCAAGCAGAAACUGCAGUACCCAGCAGAGCGAAUUCCCCGCCACCCGAGCUCUCUAACAACCACCCACACGCAUUGCCUUCGCAAACACAGGGAGAAGGCCUCAUCGAAAGCUAUUUCGACCGAUGCCAUCCCUUCUUUCCUCUGAUCGACGAACGGAAAUUCUGGGCCACCUAUCUCCACGGAAAUCGAACGGAUUCGCAAUGGCUAGCACUCCUAAACAUCGUUUUCGCUGUAGGCUCACUAGCAUCGUCAACAGCUGAUAAUCAAGCACACUACACCUACUUCAACCGAUCUCGAAAGCACAUGUCGCUUGACUCUUUCGGCAGUGGCAAUAUUGAGGUGUUACAAGCUCUAGCCAUCAUGAGUGGCUACUACAUGCACUAUCUCAAUCGACCGAACGAAGCACAUUCACUUAUGGGCGGGACGCUGCGCAUGGCGACAUCUUUAGGCCUGCAUCGUGAAUAUUCCGAGCGCAAUGAGACGAGCAGGCAUCUGGCACCACCCGAAGAGGAAGAGGAGGCCAUUUCACCCGAAAUGAGGCGACGUAUGUGGUGGAGCUUAUUUUGUCUCGACGCCUGGGCAUCGACAACUACCGGCAGACCAUCAUUGGGCAGGAUGGGACCAUCAAUUACUGUCAUGAAGCCUGGCACAGCCGCCAAUGCUGUGCCGACCAUCAUCAUGCCAAACAGCCCGCAAUACAUGGACCAGCUCAAGCUGCUCCCCCUAACCCAUGCCUCCACAUUCUGUGCUAUUGCUACAAAAAUCCAAGAUCGCUUGGUUGAGUCGCCGCUUCUCCCAAAUGCUGAGACAGCCGCGUACGAUGCCCAGGUCUUGAAGUGGUACGAUGAGCUUCCGUCGGUGUUGUCUAAUUAUGAUGAGCAAUGCCCGGAUUUUCUGCAUCGAGUACGGCUGGUCAUGAGAUGGCGCUUCCACAAUAUUCGGAUUGUGUUACACCGCCCAGUACUACUGACAACAGCUCUUCGAAGAUGUGCGUUCGCUACUCUGACUGCAGAGGAGAAGAUUGCAGUGGAAAGGUGCCGUGCAGUUGCAAGCAAUACCAUCGACGAGAUCAGCAGGGAUUGCCUGCUUGAUCUGAUUUCUGGGUGGAAUGCGGUCUGGUUCUGCUACCAAGCCUGCAUGGUUCCACUGGUAUCGCUGUUCGGUGAUGCGAGCCAACCAGAAGAGAUCAAGAAAUGGAUGGCCAGUAUCGAGACAGCUCUGGGUUUCUUUGAACGCAUCAAAGACUGGAGCAUAGCAGCGAAAAGAAGUGCAGAUGCUGUUGCUCGGUUGUAUGCAGCAUACAAAGCUCAAAAGGCAACGCCUCAGCCGUCCAUCCCACCGACUCCGCAGAUGCAGAUGCAGCAGACGUACAACAUGCCGGACAACUACCCGCAACUUAACAUGAUGCCCUCCACACUCGAUCCAAGCCAAAAUCCCUUCGACUACAACGCUGUUGGGAUGCAAAAUUGGCCUACCACGAACGUGAACGACCCGAAUUAUUUGAACUACUUUUGGGAUGAUAUGAUGUGGGACACAAAUUUACCCGAUAUGCAAGACACGCCAUACGGCACAGGCAAUGGUUUUGAUUUUCCCGGCACAGCGCAGGACUCGGGCAUGGAUGGGGCGUACUGGAUGCAUGGUAAUUGAGCAAGAAAAUUCUGGUAUGAAGAGCAGGACUUCGUUAGACGGUCGCUUUAAUCUCUACGUAAGAUACCCUAAAGUUGCAUCUUAGAUAUUCAUGAAGGACGCUGAAACUUAU